CAUGACUGUAAUUGUUCUGCUCCUCUCUCCAUAGGUUCAAUCGGAGCAGAGUUAACGAGCAGCAAUGUUAGCAUGUUCAUCACAUCCGACGCUGGAAACACGUGGCGGCAGAUAUUUGAUGAAGAGUACAGUGUGCUGUAUCUGGAUCAAGGUGGAGCUUUAGUGGCAAUUAGACACACCCCUCUUCCCAUCAGGCACCUCUGGUUGAGCUUUGAUGAGGGGAGGGUGUGGAACAAAUACAGUUUCACUUCAUCGCCCCUGUUCGUGGACGGUGUCUUGGGCGAACCGGGCGAGGAAACGCUUAUAAUGACGAUCUUCGGUCAUGUCAGUCACCGCUCAGAAUGGCAGCUGGUAAAGAUAGACUUCAGGUCUAUCUUUAACAGAAGAUGCAUUGAGUCUGACUAUGUGCCGUGGGAUUUACAUGACCAGGGUGAACACUGCCUCAUGGGAGUCAAAAGAGUCUACCGAAAGCUGAAGUCCAUAGCAAGGUGUGUUAUGGGUAAAACCUACUCUGUCACAAUGAUAUCCGAGCCAUGUGACUGCACUGAGUCGGACUUUGAGUGUGAUUAUGGCUUCGAGAGAAGGGCUGAUGGGAAAUGUACUCCAGCAUUCUGGUUCCUGCCCUCCUCCAUGUCUCGGACCUGUACUACAGAACACACGUUCCUCAACAGCACUGGGUACAGAAAGGUGGUGUCUAAUAACUGCACCGGAGGGGUGAUAGAGCAGUACACGGCUCGUAGGCACCUGUGCCCUAGCCAGGCCCCUCGCGGCCUUCACUUAGUGACCAGCGAAGGGAAGCUAACGGCUACUAUUGCCAGCAACGUCACCUUCCUCGUCUUCCUGGAGGAGGGUGAUGGAUCGAAAACCAGCAUCACAGUGGAUUUCGGCGACGGAAACGCUUUCACCUACUCCAACGUGAGCUCUAUCGAGGAUGGCAUUAAACACAUCUACAAGAACGUGGGAAUCUACCGAGUGUCAGCCACGGCAGAGAACAGUCUGGGCUCGGAAACGGUGCUCCUCUUCCUACACAUUACGUGUAAGCCAAGAUAUGGGAGGGCGAGUAACAAUAUGCACAAUACAGACAGCCAUAUCACCCCCUCCAGUGGUGAGGUGCCGUACCUGGGCACUUAUCUGACCGUUCUCACCAUGUUGGACACAGCACUAAGUGACAAUGUAGAGGGGGGUCUCAUCAACUUUGAGAAGCGCAGAAAAGAGUUUGAGAUAGAGAUUAUAAAUGCUGCGCUCUUUGCUGGCAUUCUGCCAUGCCAAACCAUACACCCCGUGAUCACACUGGAGGGGAGUGUUGCAUUCACGUUCUCUCGAGAGGGAAUCAGCAUUGUCACUGUACAGGUGUCUGCUGGGAAUACCAUCCUGCAAGACAGGAAAACCAUCGCUGUCCACGAAUACUUCAGAUCUCAUCUUCUUGCCUUUUCAUCUAACCUGGAUGAUCACAACCCUGAUGUAGCUGAAUGGAGGCUUGAUGUGAGUCAAGUCAUUAAAACCUCUAUGGUGCAGGCGACAGGAGUGAAUCCAGAGCAGCUGUUGGUCACUGUGUUGCCUGGACUGCCAACAGCGGCCGAGUUCUUCCUGUUACCAGACAAACAGCUGACAGAGGGGAAACCAGACAAAACAGCCACCCAUUUAGACCAGCUCUCAGAACUGGUUCUCAGCGCUCUGAAUCAGAAUCUGGUUCAGUUCACACUCAGACCAGGAGUCCAGAUCACAGUAUACGCUGCCCAUUUAUCAGCAGCGCCUCUAGUGGACACAAGUGAGAAUCACAGCGGCUCAGCUAUGCUCAUGCUCCUCUCUGUGGUGGUGGUGGGUUUAGCCGUGUUCCUCAUCUAUAAAUUCAAAAGGAAGAUCCCAGGCCUCCACGUCUAUGCAGCGAUGCAGGACGAAAAAGAGCAAGAAAUGAUCCAGAGUCCAGUUUCUCCCACUGACAGCACACCCAGCUGCAGUUCUCAGAGAGAACUGCUCACAUCACUGGAGCCUCUGGACACAGAGCCCAACACCCAGACCAUCGAAUGCAUCAAUCCUCAUCCACGUGUCAAAUUCUCAUCAGAUCUUCCUACAUACAUCGACGUUUGAACUCUAGCCUCCGCCAUGUCAAGGACUUUGGUCAUGCGGACACAAAGGUUUCAAGCUUUAUUCAGUACUUGUGCA